AUGACACUGGCGUCCGAGAUUCUCGCCGUCCUCAGCCACACCACCCAAACACUAGGGCGCGUCUCCUCGGCCGACACGCAUGCGCACCUGCCCGCAGAGCACUGCCGGCUCGCGCUGCUGGGGCUCGUUACGACAGCGGAAGCCGCGGCGAGGCUUGCAGAGACUGAGAGGUUUAAGGCGGAGGCGAUGAUGGCACGGAGCGAUAAGCUGAGGAUCGACGCGGAGACGGAGAGGCUGAACGCGGAGACGGAGCGGUUAAAGGCGGAGACGGAGAAGGCUGGUAAAGAAGCUGAGCAGGAGGCGCAGAGGGCGGCGGCGGAGACGGAGAGGGUAAAGGCGGAGGCGAUGAUUGAGAAGAUGAGGAUUGAUGCGGAGACGGGGAGACUGAACGCGGAGACGGAGAGGCUGAACGCGGAGGCGCUGAUGGCGAGAAGUGAGAGAAUGAAGAUUGAUGCGGAGACGGAGAGGUUGAAGUGGGAGGUGGAGAUGGAGAAGGAGAAAGCGGGGCCGAGGGAGGUGGUGUGGUGGGACGGAUCAGGGACUGUGAGAUAA